AUGUUGCCGGCGCGAACCGCGCCCAUCUCAUCGCCGAGAAGCUGGAGCGAGGACUCGAAUUGCGGAUCUGGGGAUUCGCCUGGUCAAUCGGUUGGGACUACGCGUGGAGGGACUUGGAGUACAGUGAGUUGCUCGGCGCCGUUUCGGAUCUGA